AUGGUAGACUUUAACCUCACGGAAUCCCAGACGGCGCUACGUAACAACGCCCGCGCCUUUGCCCAGACGGUCCUCUCCGGCGGCCCAAAGCUCUACUCGGAGCUCUCUUCCCAAAAUGCUCGAUUCCAAGCCACCCUGCCCAUCUACCGCACUGCUGUGCAGGCAGGUCUAAUCAAGGGCCAAGUCCCUGUUCCCCUGGGCGGAACCUCCGAGUCCCUUGUCGACGCUGCCAUUGUCGUCGAGGAGUUCUUUGCCGUGGAGCCCAGCAUCGCCCUCACCAUUCUGGGCACGGGCUUGGGCCUGACACCGCUCAUUCUGGCGGGCAAUGAAGAUCUGUGGGGACGGUUUCUAAAGAAGUUCUUGGUGCAAGAGGGCGAAGCAAUUGCAGCAUUUGUGCAUUCUGAGCCCGGUGGCACGGCAAAUUGGCUGGAAAAGGGGGCACCCGGUCUGCAAACUACAGCUUAUGAAGAGGGUGGUGAGUGGGUGCUUAAUGGCGAGAAGCUCUGGACAACCAACAGCUCAGGAUGGGACAACCGCGGCGCCGACAUCCAAUGUGUGGUAUGCCGAAAAGGCCGACCCAAUGAGCCUCAAGACCCAAGCAUCGACCCAGCAGCAAACAUCAUGAUCCUCAUUGUAACGCGCGAGGACAUUGCCCGCAACGACGCGUCCGCAUACCAGGUUCUUUCCGACCCCGAACUGCCCGGCUUCACAUGCGCCAACGGCCCGCACUCCAAAUUCACCAACCUCCGUGUCCCCGCCACGAAUCUCCUCUGCGCCCCCGGAACCGGCGUUCAGACUGUCGAGCAAACCUUUGGUUCCUCGGCUGCGCUGGUCGGUGCCAUGUGCGUCGGCGUGAUGCGCGCCUCGUUCGAGUCCGCGCUCCAAUUCUGCAAGACGGAUACCCGUGGCGGCACCGUCCCCAUUAUCCAGCACCAGUCCGUCGCCGACAAACUCAUGGACAUUAAGAUGCGUGUCGAGGCCGGGCGCCUCUUGACCUGGAAAGCUCUGUCAGGCAUUGAAAAGGGCCCUGGAGGAUGGGACAACCGUCUCGAGACGGCACUCGAGGCCAAGAUAUGGUGCAGUGAGCAGGUGACCAAGUGUGUCGUGGAUGCCAUGAGCGCGGUAGGUAUGCGCAGUUAUGACAAGAGUAUGGGAUUCUCGAGAAUGCUGGACGAUGCUGUUUGUCUGCCACUUUUCGAUGGAGGCAAUGUCGGAGUUAGGAGGAGACAACUGGAGAGGAUCCUUCAGGCGGAUGGAUAUGAACCUUGGGCGGGAACUUAUUGA